AUGGCGGACGAGAACGGAAUCGCGCGUAAGUCUCCUGAGGAGAUAGCCAAGGAGCACGACCUGCUGCCCAAGCUGAUCGCGCACCUCGACCGGCACCUUAUCUUCCCGCUGCUGCAAUUCCUGGGUGACAGCGACGACGAUGAGAUCAGCGCUGCCGCUACCAAGGUCAAAUACGAGCUUCUGGAGAAGACGAACAUGACGGACUACGUGGCGCAGUUGUACAUGGAGAUGCAGGGGCUGGACGAGCCGCCGAAGGAGUUUGCCGUCAAGCGGCAGGAGGUGCUGAACCGGCUCGACAAGUACGGGCAGGAGAGCGAGAAGAUUACGGAUCUGCUGAGCCGGGAGGACGUUGUGACGGGGCUGAGAAGUGACAAGGUUGCCAACUUGGAGUUUUUGAAGAAGGAGCACGAUGUUACCAUCGAACUGAUCAACGUCCUGUACGACUUUGGAAACUUUCAGUACAACUGCGGGAACUACAACGCGGCCAGCGAGCUCCUCUACCAGUUCCGCGUCUUGUCUACAGAUGAGGCCAAGGUCUCUGCUGCCACCUGGGGAAAGCUCGCCUGUGAGAUCCUGGCUGGGAACUGGGAGGGUGUCCUGGAGGAGGUGACCAAGGUCAAGGAGUCCAUCGAUACCAAGCUCUUCAGCAACCCGCUCGCGCAGCUCACCCACCGCACUUGGCUGAUCCACUGGUCGCUGUUCCCCUUCUUCAACUACGAGGCCGGCCGCGACGUCAUCUGCGAGAUGUUCUUCUCGGCGCCCUUCAUCAACACCAUCCAGACCGCGUGCCCCUGGAUCCUCCGAUACCUAGCCGCGGCUGUGAUCACCAACCGCAACCGCACGCGCAACACGGGCCAGUACCAGAAGCAGCUCAAGGACAUCAUCCGCAUCGUCAAGCAGGAGAACUACGAGUACAGCGAUCCCGUGACCGACUUCAUCAAGGCGCUGUACAUCGACUUUGACUUUGAAGAGGCACAGAAGAAACUCUCUGAGGCCGAGGCGGUCCUGCAGUCCGACUUCUUCCUCUCCAACACCGCUGAGGGUUUCGUCGAGGCUGCCCGUCACCUCAUCUCCGAGAGCUACUGCAAGAUCCACCAGAGAAUCGACAUCAAGGAUCUGAGCGCCAGACUGGGCCUGAACCAGGACGAGGGCGAGAAGUGGAUCGUGAACCUCAUUCGGGACACGCGCGUGGAUGCCAAGAUCGAUUACAAGGAGGGCACGGUGGUCAUGAACCACCCGCCCAGCAGCGUGUACCAACAGGUCAUUGAGCGGACCAAGGGCGGCUUCUUCCGAACGCAGGUGUUGAGUGCUGCGGUGGCGAAGUGA